UUUUUGGAACAAACUGAUCAGCAAGAGCAACUGGCUAGGAAGUGGGGGUUCAAAACGUCUGACAUAAGAGAACUGAUUUUAUUUUCUUUCCACAUGCCAGGAAUGGUUGAUACACACAUUCAUGCUCCCCAGUAUUCAUUUGUUGGUACAAGAGUAGAUCUACCUCUUUUGCAGUGGUUGACUACCUACACAUUCCCAACAGAAGCCAAAUUCAAAGACAGUGACUUUGCAGAAGAAGUGUACACCAGAGUUGUUAGACGAACUCUAAAGAAUGGUACGACUACUGCUUCCUACUUUGCGACAAUUUACACAGAUACUUCUCUUCUUCUUGCUGAAAUUACCGAUAAAUUUGGUCAGCGAGCAUUUGUUGGAAAAGUCUGCAUGGAUAUGAAUGACAGUGUGCCACAAUACAAAGAGACUACUGAAGACUCUGUCCAAGAGACAGAAAGGUUUGUUAAAGAACUACUGGAAAAGAAAUAUCCGAGAGUACAGCCUGUAAUAACUCCCCGCUUUGGCCCUUCCUGCACAGAGGAUUUGCUUUGUGCGCUUGGUGAUAUAGCACAGGCUCGUGAUCUCCAUGUGCAGAGUCACAUAAGUGAAAAUGAAGAAGAACUCAAACUUGUGGAGAACAUGUUUCCUGCCUACCAGAAUUAUACUGAAUUAUAUGAUAAAAACAAGCUGCUUACCAGCAAGACAGUGAUGGCUCAUGCCUGUUAUCUUUCUGAAGAAGAGCUGAAACUUUUUAGUCUUCGUGGAGCUGCAAUUUCGCAUUGCCCCAAUUCUAAUUUUUCGUUGCGCAGCGGUGUCUUAAAUGUGCAAAAGGUCCUGAAACACAAUGUGAAACUUGGCCUUGGCACAGAUGUUGCUGGUGGAUAUUCAGCUUCUAUGCUUGAUGCCAUCAGGAAAACAAUGAUAGCAUCUAAUAGCCAUCAGAUCAAUAAAGAGAAUGAAACAGGACUAACUCUUGAAGAAGCUUUUCAACUAGCCACUCUGGGAGGAAGCCAAGCUUUAGGACUAGAUGACGUGAUUGGCAACUUUGAGGUUGGCAAAGAAUUUGAUGCACUGCUAAUCAACACGAAGGCUUCAGACAGCCCAUUUGAUUUGUUCUCUGCUGAUAAUUUUGAGGACACUCUCCAGAAGUUCCUGUAUCUAGGUGAUGAUCGGAAUAUUUCUGAAGUGUACGUGGCUGGAAAACAAGUUGUUCCUUUUUCAAGUUCAGUAUAAAUCCAUUUCCCUUUUGCAAAAUGCUCUGCUGGUCGCUCU